GGGCCCAGUGUGCAAUGGCUGCAAACAGCAGCUUCCUUGGUGGUGUAUGCAGCCUGUUUCCUAUAUAGGUUGCUCUAAGGGACCUUGAUAAUAGGCCUUUCAGAUGUAUGUUCAUGUCUCUGACCUUGCACUACCCCAAUGUAGGCUUCAAACAGGCAUGCGAGGUGCCUUUGGAAAGCCCCAGGGCACUGUGGCCAGGGGUCACAUUGGCCAAGUUACCAUGUCCGUCCGCACCAAGCUGCAGAACAAGGAGCAUGUGAUUGAGGCCCUGCACAGGGCCAAGUUCAAGUUCUCUGGCUGCCAGACGAUCCACUUCUCAAAGAAAUGGGGCUUCACCAAGUUCAAUGUCGAUGAAUUUGAAGACACGGUGGCUGAGAAGUGGCUCAUCCCAGAUGGCUGUGGGGUCAAGUACAUCCCCAGUCGUGGCCCUGUGGACAAGUGCCAGGCCCUGCACUCAUGAGGGCUUUCACUGUGCUUCCCCUCUUAAUACUCACCAAUAAAUUCUACUUCCUCUCCAAAAAAAAAAAAAAAGAAAGAAAGAAAGAAAGUCAUUACCUGUCAUUUGUUGGCUAUACUUGGAAAGAAAUCUCACAGGCAUACUAAAGAGAGUGCAGAUGAGUUUUCCCUUCUGCUGGUGGCAACUCUUCUUACCAUAUUCUUUUAGGUGUGUAGCGUCAAUCACUCUGCUCCAUCCUGGAUUCAUCAGACAAUCGAGAAAACUCAUUAGUUUAGAUGACCAAUCUUUACUAAAUCUUUAUUUAGUAAAAGGCAAAAAGUGAAGCACAAGGAAGCCAAGUCCAAACUAAAUUUGCCAAUUUAAUUUUCCUUUUAACCAAUUUACUCGGUUAAUAGGAAAAUCUGUGGCCAUUUGUACUCCAGUUGUCUUCUUGUGAGAAAAUGAUAGUGUUUGGUUAUGAAUCUAAAUUAGUCAAAUUAUAAUCUAAACUGUCUUAAAAUAUGUUCAUUAUAUUGCAAGUAUGAUGUUUCAAAAUAUAGAUAUUUACUAUUCAGAAUACAGAUGACUACAUUUUUCAAAAGCUGGAAUUUCACACUAUGUAGAAAAUUCUUGUUUUAGUGUUUUUAUUCACUUAUAGUUUGUGAAUAGAAGACUUUGCCAUAGAAUUUUGAAACUUAGGAGUUUACUUACUAGGGGAAAAAAAAAAACCUCCUUUUCAGUCUUCAGUCAUUUGGCUUAACAGUCACAGAUUUUAAUUUUUAAAUCCUUUAUAUGAAAGCAUUUUUAAAACCAAGGGCUAGUUUUUUUGUUUUGAAUAAAUAGGGGGCCAUUGGGAGGGGGAUUUCACGUUAAUUUAUACCAUCAGUACAAAACUUGUAAAAUUCAUUGCUUUGUGGAAUUCACUUUAUCUUUCUACAUUCUCAGAGGCAGUUUUGGGGAGCCAGAAUUACAGAAUUAAUCUAGCUAAAAAUGCUCUUUAACAGCUUGGUUUGCAGUCUGUUUGUGCUCUUGUCCUUUGUGUUGAUUUGGUAAUUCUGUACAGAUUAAGAUGUGUUAAUGGAUUAUUUAUCUUAUUUGUUGUGAAAAUAACGACUCUCUUUUUUUACAUUUUAUGGUAGAAUGAACAUUUAUUCUUGAUUAUAAUUUAUUGAAUAAUAAAUACUUAUCAUUUACAAUUAAGCAGAAGUUAAAAUGUGGUAACUGUUGAAAAUUGAAAAUUAGACAGCUAUCCCAUUUUAAAUUGAUGGGUGCAAAGUGUGUUUCUUUC